AACCAGUUUGUUGUGGAAGCGACUACUUUCAGUGAAUUAGCUUCAAUGAGGGCAAACAGUAUAAAAUGAAUUCGUUUUGGUUCAAUCGAUAUAGUUCUCACUUCAGUGUCUUCCAAAGAUAAAGUCAAACCAAACAAUUUAUCAAAAUGAAAAUCACAAUCUUCGUCCUAGUCGCUUUCGUUGGAGCUACAUUUGCAGCACAUAUCCCAAUUGUUUCACAAAGUGCCGUUCAAGACGAAAGUGGUCAAUAUGCCAUUUCAUAUUCAACCGGAAAUGGAAUAUCAGCUGUUGAACAGGGUGCAUUGAAACCGAACGCAGCUGGAACCGACAACGUUCUCACUAAACAAGGAUCGUUCGCAUUCGUUGCUCCUGACGGCAGAACCUAUACCACUGUGUACAUUAGUGACGAAAAUGGUUUCCAAGCUAAAGGUGAUCAUUUGCCACGAGACAGCAACACACCAAUUUAAAUUAUAAAUUUUUUUGCAAAAUGUAAAUAAAUUGAAUAAAAUUGCUGACGCAAAAUAAAAAACGAAAAAGAA